UUGCACGGUAUAGCAAUAUACAUUAUAUAGUAUUAUAGUAAUAGUGUAAUACUACUUUUACUAUAGUAGUUCAUACCUUAUUGUGUUUUUCUAAUUUUUGUAGUGUCCAACACUACAACUCGACGUUUUGUUUUACUCUUUUUGCUCGCGUCUAAAUAGAAAACACAAGUUUGCGAAACUAACGUGUGAAACGAUAAUAAUAAUUUAUAACAACUAAUUAUUUACAGUAAUCUAAUUUUGUGGUGACAAUUUUUCGUUAAUCAUUUUUAAUUUCGCAUUCUUGGUUUGUUCCGAGCAUAUCUGAUCGGAGAUUCAACCGGGUACGGCGUCCGGUCAGGACAUAGCGUGUUGAUUAACGCAUUAUAUAUUUAACAAAUUACGAUGGAUGAAGAGUACGAUUGUAUUGUGUUGGGCACCGGUCUCAAGGAGUGUAUCCUGUCAGGUAUGCUGUCGGUUUCAGGUAAAAAAGUAUUGCACGUUGAUCGCAAUAAGUACUACGGCGGGGAGUCGGCGUCAAUCACGCCGCUGCAGGAACUGUUCCAGAAGUUUGGCGUAAAGGAACCUGAUGAAAAAGAACACGGGCGCGGCCGUGACUGGAAUGUCGACCUGGUGCCCAAGUUCCUCAUGGCCAAUGGUUUAUUGGUUAAGCUGCUUAUUCAUACAGGCGUUACGCGCUACUUGGAGUUCAAGUCAGUCGAGGGCAGUUACGUGUAUAAGGGUGGCAAAAUCUAUAAAGUACCUGUCGACCAGAAGGAAGCAUUAUCGUCAGAUCUGAUGGGAAUAUUCGAGAAAAGGCGGUUCAGAAAUUUCCUGAUAUUUGUGCAAGACUUCCAGGAGAACGACCCCAAGACGUGGAAGGAUAUCGACCCGCAGCGCAUGUCUGCGUUUCAGCUGUACACCAAGUUUGGUUUGGACAAAAACACUCAGGAUUUCACUGGUCACGCUCUAGCUCUAUAUUUAAACGAUGACUACAUCAAUGAACCUGCCGCCAAUUUGAUUAGACGCAUCAAGUUAUACAGUGAUUCUCUUGCACGUUAUGGAAAAAGUCCUUACUUGUAUCCUUUGUAUGGGCUUGGAGAACUGCCUCAAGGUUUUGCUCGUCUCAGUGCUAUUUAUGGCGGUACUUACAUGUUGAAUACUCCUGUAGAUGAAAUUGUUUUUGAAGGAUCAAGUGUUGUUGGCAUUAAAAGUGGUGGUGUUGUCGCUAAAUGUAAACAAGUGUUCUGUGACCCGUCCUAUGUUAAAGAUAAAGUGAAAAAAACUGGUCAAGUAAUUCGUUGUAUAUGUUUGUUGAAUCAUCCUAUACCAAACACUCGUGACGCACUUUCUACUCAGAUCAUAAUUCCACAGAAUCAGGUUAAUCGUAAGUCUGACAUCUACGUUUCGUUAGUAAGUAACACCCAUCAAGUGUCUGCACAAGGAUGGUUUAUUGCUAUGGUUUCUUCCAAAGUAGAAACUAGUAAUCCAGAAUUGGAGAUCAAGCCUGGUUUGGAUUUAUUGGGACCCAUCAAACAGAAAUUCGUAUCAAUAUCUGAUUAUUAUGAACCUAUCGAUGAUGGAAAAGAUAGCAAGGUAUUUAUUUCAAAGUCAUAUGAUGCUACAUCACAUUUUGAGACAACAUGCUUGGACGUUUUGGAUAUUUACAAACGAGCCACAGGAGAAGAAUUUGAUUUUUCUAAAAUUAAAUUAGAAAGUGAAGAUGUCUAAUAAUUUACAAAAAUGCAUUUUUAUCAUAUACCUAAUAUUAUUAUAUCUCAAGGAGAAAUUGUUUCUAUUCCAUAUUAUCUCAUAAUCAGUUUAUUGCCAAAUAUUGAUCUAAAUCUUUUUUGAGAAUUGAAAAUAUCAUUGCUAUCAAAUUGUAACAUUUUUCCAAUGGGUGAAGUAGGUACCUAAAAAGUUAAGAAUAUUAUAGUAGAAAUAUCUUAUUA